UUCCAGAGUGAAUUAGUGGGCUGUCUUUCUUUUAGGAAAACAAAGUUCUGGGGGCAGGCAGCAGCGUUUACGUGUUCUGUUAUCGUGGGUGGCCUUCAGUUUGUAGGAGUCCUUGAAACAGGAAGGGAACUUCACUGUGGAUGCAGUUUUCCACUGCUGUGGAGGUUGUGAAUACUUGUUUGACUGUGCAGCUUUCGUGUUGUUUAGAUUUGCAAUUCCUAGGAACAAAUUAAAGCUCCAAACAGUGUAGUUUAAAAUAGAAGUUCAGGAUCUCUGCAAUAGAAAGGACGUGUUAAGUUCUGAGUGGAGACUGGCAGCUUGAAAAUUAAUGUGCAGAAGGAAAAGGAGUCAUUCUUUUCUGUAUGAUAUCUAAAGUAUGUGUUUUGAUUGCAGUGCAGAGCUAGAACAAAUGCAUGAGAGGUUAUUUCUGUUCAUGGAAUGCUUCUCUCCAUGUAUUAAGCUCCAGUUGCCAGUCUAAGUGCAGAUUAUACUGCAGCAUUGUGCACAUCAAUUACAUGAAGAAUUGUUCAUCAUGUAAUGAAUCUGUAGAGUUUCACUUCAACAUUAAAAUGUGCUGAGCCUGCAGGGUAGAGUUCAUUGCUAAGCUCACCAUUGUGGGCUUUCAAAGGCGUACGUCCACUCCCAUGACAGCACCCACUCUGACGAGCCAAAUUCAGCUACAUUUUGAAAGGAUUAAAGAUGCCACUAAAGCUACAGACACUGGAACAGCACCAAACUGCAAAACCUUCCCAAUUCAACUCCAUCAACCCAAAAGACUUAACACAGCUUAAAAAAGAGAAAUCAACAGAACAGUAUGUUGCUAUAUUAUACCAAAUAACCUUUAGGACUCAUACCAGCCCCAAUCCCUUGGGAAUCUGGAGUUUUACAGUGGCAAUACUUACUGAGGGGAAAGAAAUGCAUUGGCUGUGUAGCUGAGAGAUGUUUCUUUGCCAGAAGUUUAUAAAACUGAGCAGUUGCUGAACACUAUCAGUGAUGGAGCUGAUUUUUAAGACAUAAAAGAAACGUAGUCCAGGAACAACAGUGAAUGCAGAAACGCAGAGGAGGCAAUUUGUAUUCUCUCUACCAGUAAGUGAUGACACAUGGUGUAUGCUCUAGAAACUGAAUGCCCAGAUGAAUUCGGAUUUCUUCGUAAACUCCCAAAAAGCAAGUUUGCAGCAGUGUAUUUCUGGAAUACUGCUGCAUGGGUGGUCUUCCGAGACUCCAGAACUGCAUUUUGCACUGGACUGUUAGGGUUUUAGUUACUAUGUGGGCAAGCUGCUGUAAUUGGUUUUGUCUGGAUGGCUCACCUGAAGAGAUGCAGCCGCAGCCAGAGCAGGGAGCCAGAGCCCAAGCCUAUUCCAACCCUGGAUACAGCUCUUACCCUUCUCCCACUGCCUCAGAACAGAGCUGCAAAGCCUGCGGGAUGCGCUUCGACAGCUCCUCUAGGAAGCACGUCUGCUUGGACUGCAAGAAGAACUUUUGCACGUCCUGCUCCAGCCAGGCCGAAGGUGGUCCCCUCCUCUGCCAUCUCUGCCAGCGGUUCCGAGCCACAGCUUUUCAGCGGGAGGAGUUGAUAAAGAUGAAGGUGAAGGAUCUGCGAGACUAUUUGGCACUCCACGAGAUUUCCACAGAGUUGUGUCGUGAAAAGGAGGACCUGGUACUGCUGAUCCUUGGCCAGCAGCCUGUAAUUACCCAGGAAGAUCAGAUAAGAACAAAUCCAUUUCAUACUAGUGCCUCUGGACAGCAAGACUUUGUGAUUCUCCCACCAACCGGCCCAGCAUCUUCUACCUCACAUGAUGCGUCUCCAGGGUCUGCAGAUCCCAUCUCAAGUUCACUAGCUCAGGAACACGAACAGGCAAAUGGUUAUGUGCCUCCAAGCCAAGUUGGUAUGACAGGAGUCGAGAUUGCAGCUGAAGCACCAACAGAGGAGGAGACUCAGUCUACGGACUCAGAAGAUAACCUGGUGCAGGGGAGGAAGGCUUCUCUGUCUGAUCUGACAAGCAUUGGAGACAUCAACGCACUCUCUGUGCGACAGCUGAAGGAAAUCCUUGCUCGCAACUUUGUCAACUACAAAGGCUGCUGUGAGAAGUGGGAGCUGCUGGAGAGGGUGACUCGUCUUUAUAAAGAGAAAGACCUUCAACAUCUAGUUUCUGACACUGAUGAUCAAACUGGUGGUGCUGGGCUCCCAGGCACGGAGGAAAACCUCUGCAAAAUCUGCAUGGAUGCACCCAUUGACUGUGUCCUGCUGGAAUGUGGCCACAUGGUCACUUGCACCAAGUGCGGGAAGCGGAUGAGCGAGUGUCCCAUCUGCAGGCAGUACGUGAUAAGGGCCAUCCAUGUCUUUAAGUCCUAAGUGUGUGGAAAGAAGACUGGGAAUGCCUUAAAGCCUCAUCUGCUGUUAGAGGAAUGGUCAAAAUAGCUACGAAUAGUUAGGUCAGAGACUAGCACAUGGACCCACUGGAAGCUGGAGGCGAGGGAAGGAUGAAGCCUGAGAAAAGUUGUUCUUACCCAAGCCAUGCCUGGCUCUUCCCAUGAUAGUGCUUUAUACCACAGUGCCUGGACUCCUUGGAGCAAACUGCCAGCAGCAGACACACAAACUCUUAACAACCUACGUUCUAGGAUAACUUGAUCCUCUAGAGGUGGGGAUCCAGGGAUGUUUGGCUUCCCACCACAAAGAUCAGAUUCAGAGGCUUCAUAUUUUCCCCCGAGUAGUAAAUAAAAGCGAAGCGGGAUCUCUAAGAGUGACAUUUGUUUUGCUGCUUAGGCUAAAAACCCAGCAACAACUUUAUUUUCCAAGAUGAAAACUUAUUGUACUUGUUAAUUUUUACUUUUAAUUUAAUGUUAAAUUCCUAUGCUUGCAGGACAGGCAGCCAGGCUCCCACCUCCCCAUCAGAAUAAACAGUUCUAGCCUAGUGCAAUUGUGGAAAAUGGUAUCAUUUUAUUUGAAGGUGGACUUUGUAGUAUUGAAAAAUGUACCAGGAGUGAGACUCUGGCCCAUAGAGCCUGAUCUUGUGUGAUGUUUUGUUUACAUGCCAGGGAGAUCCCUUUGACUUUCAGUUUUAAACCUGAACUGAUUUCACUUGAUUAAGGAGCUACAAAUCUAAGGCUUGAGUCUUUUAGAGGGUUUAGUGAGGAAAACACACAGCUACAGAGCAGUCAGGGUUCUACUGUUACACAAUCAUAUUUAAGUACAGGUGACCCUCUUUUUAGAGGGGAGACAUGAAAGAAAGGAAACUUUAUCUCCCCUGAAUCAUUACAGAUGUUUCUGUUUACUAAUCUGCUUCUGCCGUCCUCCCCUUUGCUCACUUACUCCUGUACCUUCAGACUGCUCAUCAAAGCAAUUGAUUUGCACUCAUUCUGCUUCUGAGGGUGGACAGCAGACUCUGUGGUCUGAUUCAUGCCAACUGCAAGCCCUCAGGAGCAGCAUGUUCAUGUGGAAGCCUUGCUAAAGAGAAUUGUAGCUGGCGUAUUUCUCCCUGAGUUUCAGAAUCUUGAUGCCUUAAGUUAUCAGGCACCGUAAGAUUGUACACUCAUUUCCAGUCACUUGUUGAGUAUCUUCUGCUGCAGGUUCUUUCCUGUCCAGCUUUCCCCUUUAUGGGGGUGAUCACUUAGUGUUCAAACCGCAUCUCUGCACAGCUGCCAGCAGAGGAACAGCCCAAAGCCAAGUGUCCACUUAGAGCUCCUGGAGUAGUGGAAGUGCAGUUACAGAAACCAUCACCAAAGACAUCUACUUUUGCAGUAAGUGGUAAUUAACAAGUUUAAUUAACAGGGAAUUAAACUUGUGUCAUCUUUAACAUGGAGUAUGGCGUGAGUAGCAACUUGUUUCUCAACUGGCAUGGAGUGGAGGGUCUCUAUGAGUGUUAACAAAGCACUUAAGCUGAAGACAUCUGUCUCUUGGUAGCAGAACUGCAGCAAUAUUGAGGUGGUCUCUGACCACAGACCUACAAUGGGUGCUGAGGUUAUUGAACUAAGAAUUCAGAGUUUUACCUCCUUCUCUGUUCAGGUGGUUCUUUAACAGCUUCCAGCAGGAGAUGAGCACUGGCACAAUUCCAUGCAUCAUGUUAAAGAAAGGAAAGAAAGGGCAGGUAAGCAGUCACUGUAUUUACUCUUCAGGAGGUUCACAGGGAGCUCUCUCAGAUGUACAGGAAUACACAUACAAAGUGUUGAACAGCCUCAUUCAUAAACUCACUGUGAAAAUUCAUGUUGUCAUAUUUUUCCAUAAACUCAGGGCUGGGGGGAAGCAGGAAAAAGAUGAUUCCCCUGCAGACAGAUGUACUUUUACUUGGAGAGGGUAUAGGCUUAUUUUCUACAGCAGAUAAAGCAAGUUGCAGAUCAAUACCUGAAAUUGUAGGAAUGAGAAGAUACAUCCGCCCUGUGACUCUGAAACGUGCUUUCUGAAGGGAGGAGGUUCCUUUUUUGGCUCCUGGCUCCAGUGUUUCCCUUGCAAAAACGAGUCUCUACUUAUGGAUGGGUUGUUUUUAAAGGAAAAUCAAAAUCUGGAGGAAACUGAUUAAUGAUCCAAAGGAAUAUAAUGAUCUGAACUAAUAAAUGGAAAUAUUUAUGUGCUUUACGUACACUGUACAUACUUUAAAUAUUUUAAAAGUUAAUAUUCUACUUGAAAUGGCAUGUUAAAUCCUCUUGGUACUAUGAUGGUGAAACUUCCUAGUUUUGGUACAGAAGCUUGGUUUAUAAUUUUAUAAUAAAGUUGAACUGUGAUUUAGUUAA